AUGAUGAGUCGAAGGCCGCCGGUAGGUGUUUUUUGUGUAGAUGUUGAAGAGCUUUUGAAAGCGACCGCCAAGUUAAAAAUUGACAGAGAAAAAGUGGAUGACCGCAGUCCUACGUUCUCCACGAGUGGUCCCCGCGGCUCAUCGACCAAAAGAUCAAGUGCCAGAAACAGUGGCGGUAGGGGAGACUGUCCACAUUCUGUGCGUCCGGGGUCGAUGUCCAGUGCGGGUGGAGCACACUCACCCAGGAGCAGUGCAGGUCGCAGACGUAUGCGAAGCCGGAAGGCAAAAAACCGAGGCCUUAAGGCGGGCGUUGAGGACUAUACGCCAUUAGGAAAAGAGCGGGGUGAGGAUGGGCACGCCGUUGCUAGACCACUUUUUGAUUUCCCAUCGCCAAACAUUGUUAACACAACCACUUGCAGCACGUCUAGAACUCCGAUUUGUGGUGGGUUUCGAGAUCCAGCCUGCAUGCAGACGGGGGAUGCUUGCAACGACACCAUUUCUUGUUGGAAAAAUGGGGAUCAGGCAAUUCGGGGCCCCGAGAGUGAUUGCACAUUUAGCUCCCAGCUUCAACUGACAAUACCUCCGGGUGCUGAUGAGGAUUCGGUGGGUCCCGAGCAGGAGGAAAAAUUUCGGCUUCACGACGGCACGGAAACCGCUGCGCCACCGAUAACCCCUGAACGUGUGGAUCCUGUGAUAAGCAAUGUUAUGCAGGCAAUGCAAAACCGUCUUCUAGGGGUGUCAGCUGCGUUGUGCCACCGAGAUGCAGCGCCUAGGGAUGGCGGCACUGGUUUUACGUCGUCAGAGAAGGUUAGUUGUGGGCAGCGCAUCUCUAACGGGACCAACAACGUGGCCCAAUUUUCUCGGAAGGUAAAUGACUCUGUAUUUCUUUCCCAACCGAGCAUAUACGGUACUGAGGACUCUAAGAAGGCAGCUGGAUCGUGGGGGCCACCGCAGUCGCUCCAAGCCGCGCGUACGCCACGUAAACUGGCCGCAAUUGGGAAGCAUGGGGUUAAAGAAUACGGGCAGCCACCCCGCCUUCGUGAUGCACGCGGCGUGGAACGUGUUCUCAUUACGGGUGUCGUAACGAAGGUACCAAAGCGUGCGACGAGCUCUCUUGGGGCUCCCCAACUCGCGAAGCCGCUGCUGACGCCUGUCUUCCAGAACAUUGCGCGGAACUUCGCAGAGAAGAGCAAACGGCCCAAGCGCUUUUAG